AAAAGAGGCGGGACUAACGGGUCUUAGUGAAGAGAUGUUGACUUUCAGUGUUUGGCUUUCGCUCUUACUUCGUCCCAGUUGACGGACGAAGCGCGUCGAUCGUCCCCCAUCAAGUGGACCUUUUCCGAUAUUUUUCCUCGGAGAGUUCCUUCCGAUGUGCUGCUGCUCUACACACGCUCAAGGAUUAUUGGAGGUGAUUGACAUCCAACUGCUGCAGUAAAGGCAAAAAAAGUCGCGAGUGGUCCAAUGAGACAUCGCACUUGACUCCUCUCCGAUUGGCAGUUAGUUGCUCAUGACAGAGGAUCAAGAAUAUAUGCUGAUUGUCAGCCCUUAACGCAACAAAGACAUCUGCUUUGCAUCGGCAACGGGAUCGCUAAGGUGUCGAGUGAAGGAUGCACGCGACGCGAAGCCCCUCGUCCAUUUCGGCCACACCUCCAGGGGACGCCCUGGACCUCAGCUUGUCCGGCUCGCGUCUCUCCUUCUCCAAAAGACCAGGCGCCGGCGUGUCACCCGCCGGGAAGUUGUUGGCCCGUUCGGUGUCGGUGUCGGCACCAUGCGAGGCCCGAGGGAAAUGCAACACCCUGGGUGACAGCGUGGCGAGCCCUCGCUCGGUCAAGAACUUGCGGCGUUCCAACAGCACCACGCACGUCAACCAGCAGCCACACUUUGUGCUCAGUCCAGACCACCAGAGCGGUGACUACUUGACUGUGUUGGACAAUGGCGCAGACGGCCGAAAGAAACCGGACGGAACCACCUGGAACAUCUUGGAUGAGCAGCCUCGGGCAGCGGGCGCCGUCGCCGCAGACCCACCCGCCGGCACAAAGGGGCGAGACCCCGCCGCAUCCUUCACUGCCAACAAUAGGAGCAACAAGGGCGGCGUGGGUAACGCCGUCACCUCCAUCCUGCACAACAACCACGGCGACAAGCCGCUGACGCCCAAAAGCUCCAACCAGAGGCCGCCCUUCAACAACCUCCUGAAGGCCAACGCCAACGACGACGUCUCUCUGGAGAGCGGCUCCCUCACCAAGUCUCAGAAGAACUUCUCCGCUGCGUCGGCCAACAACAAAAGUCCCGCCGGGCCCGGCAGCCCGCUCCUGCAGCGCCGCAACCAGGUCUCAGAGGAGGAGGCCGAAAGGUUCAUCCAGCAGGUCAACCAGGCAGCCGUCACCAUCCAGCGCUGGUACAGACGUCACGCAGGGCGGCGCCGUGCCAACCGUGCGGCGCUGCGCCGUAUCCUGGACACCAAACGCAAGGAGUGGCAGGCGCGAGUCGAGGCCGAGAGUCACCUGGAGACGGUGGCGGACCAGCGCAAGCUGAUUCGGGAAGAAAAAGCUCGCCAGGCGCGCCUCGCUGCUAUUCAGGGGCUGCAGCAGAAAAGAACACAGCAUCUUCAGCAUCCUUCUCAUCUUCAUGGAGCUCAUCAUCAGCAUCAGGGUGCCGAGGCGGAUGAGGAGCAGCGGAGGCCGGGCGGCGCCACGCCGGCCAAGAGUUUCCCAAGCCACGCGUCUCCGACCGACAGCGUCAACUUGUCGCCAACGCACGCCAAAGCCAACAACACAGACUUUCAUGGCAAGGUGACGGGCGACUUGAGCCAAGGGAGCUUCGGGGCGCUGUCGCCGGCGUUGUCCAAUCGGAGAGGCUCGCCGUGUGCUCAGGAGCGCGGAGCAGAGCAAGACGACGAUGUCGAGGGGAAGUCGAUACGUCAGGCGAGACCCCGCCUGUCUUGCCUGACGCUCCUCGAGCCCGACCCUUGUGAUCCGGGCGCCAAGCUUCCCCUGGCCACCAGAAGUCCUGCUUCGCCUCCCGGUAUGGGCCCCAGCUCCACGGCAGACGUCAAGACCAAGAAGGCGCAAGAAUUUGCCGAGCUGUCCUGUUUCCGAGUGGUUUCGCCCUCCUUGUCCAGUCGUGGAGGCUCCCGCUGCUCCCAGGAGCGUCUUCGCGGGCGUUUGAGUGGCGGCGGUGACGACCGCUCCUGCGCCGCGUCCAAGUCCACCCUCAACGACCUGCUGGACACACUCAAACUGCUGGAGGAGGAACCCGAGGUCCUCUCUCAGCCCAAAUCUUACAACAAAGACAAAUACGCUUGGAUGGAGCAGGACGGCGAUGCAGACUCGCUGACGGCCGAUAACCUGGAGCGUCACGUACAGCUCAGCUUGCCGGCGGCGGCAGACGGGGCGGCGUUGCUGUCGGAGGCCAAGCUGCAGAGCAUCAUGAACUUCCUGGAUGAGAUGGAGAAGUCGGAGCAGGAGCGUCCGCGCUCCACCAGCUCGCACAGAGAGGCAGCGUUUUUGGAGGAGGAGGAGGCGACGGCACUGGACCCGGCCUCGGCCACCGCCGCCCAAGUGUCCGGCUCCAUCAUGAGGAUCAAAAUGGAGCUGGAGGAGAAGAAGCGUGUGGUGGAAAUGCUGCAGACCGCACUGGCCCAGCAGAGGGAGCUGACGGUGCAGCACGUGAAGGAGACGGAGAAGGAACUGAGCCGGAACCUUCAGCUGCAGAGGGACCAGUACGAAGCUACGGUGCAGAGACACCUCACCUUCAUCGACCAGCUCAUCGCCGACAAAAAAGCACUGAGCGAGCGAUGCGAGAACGUCAUCGCCGAGCUCAAGCUGGUAGACCACAAAUACACCAAGAAGAUCUCGCAGAUGCAGGAGCAGCACGAAAUGGUUUGGCAAAUCCUGGGCCCGCUGUGCGAGGUAACGUCUCUUCUGCUCCUCCUUAUUCUGUUUCUCUUCCCUCAUUUGUCCCGCGCACCGGCCCUCCUGCCGGAUGCUCGCUGUGCACGUGAGUCUUCAUCAUCAUCACCUUGGCUGAUUCUUCAUGCGCACACUGCUCCUCCCAUGUGGUGUUACCUGUCUCUCACUCAUGCACGCACACGCCGGCCACGCCGCCGCCAUCAUCCUCUCUGGCGGCAGCCUCUGGUCUUUAUACAGUCUUUUCAUAUUCUUUGGUCCCCUCCUCCUCUCCAGGAGAUCAAGAAGCUGAAGCAGCUGAUGAGUGUCACGGAGAAGAUCCGGCGGGAGAAAUGGAUCGAUGAGAAAACCAAGAAGAUUAAAGAGAUCACAGUCAAAGGUUUGGAGCCCGAGAUCCAGAAGCUGAUCUCUAAGCACAAGCAGGAGCUGAAGAAGCUGCGCACGCUCCACGAGGCCGAGCUGCUGCAUGCCGAGGAGCGCGGCGCCGAGCGUUGCGCCCACCAGUGCGAGGAACUGCGGCAGCAGCUGGAGAGCGAAAAGGAGGAGCAGUGCCGCAGGGAGCGCGACUUGGCCCGCCGACACUUUGAGAAGCAGCUCCAAGAGGAGGAGCUCUCCCUGCAGCAGCACAGGAAGCGCGUGCACAGGGAGCUGGCUGAAGAGAAGGAGCGGCUAACGCAGCAGGCGGCCAGGCAGCGCUCAGAGAUGGAGGAGCUGCGUCAGCGCAUGGAGGAAAACUCCAGCGUGGCCGGACGGGUUUUCAGGGAGGAGCUGGACAAAAGCAGAGAGGAGCAGGAGAGGAGGCACCAGGCGGAGCUGAAGAAGCUGCAGGAGCGUUUUGCACAGGAGAAGACUGGCUGGGAGGAGGAAUACAGGAAGAAGCAGGAGGCGGGGCUCCUCAGGCACGAGCGGCAGCUGCGAGAGGAGCUGCGGCAGGAGCGCGACAAAGAGAUCCAGCUGGCCAUCUGGACGCUGGAGGAGGAGACCAACCGGGACAAGGAGGAGUGCGAGCGGGUUGCUCACAACAGGGUGACUCGUGUGCGGGAGACGUACGAGGUGGAGCUGAAGGAACUAGAGCGCACUUUGCGAGAGGCGCUGGACAAGCAGCAAGAGCUGCGGAAGCAACACGGCGAAGCGCUGCAACAAGUGGACGUGCUCAAGGAGGCGCUGCAGCACAAGGAGCAAGACCUGCUCGUCGUCACGCAAAACCGGGACCAGCUGCUGGAGGAGCGCCACGGGCUGGCCUCGGCCGUCCGGCAGGAGUUCAGUGCCCGCCUGCUGUUGGCCGAGGAGGAGGCGCAGAAGGCCAGGGCCGAGACGGAGGAGGCGCGCAGCGCGCUGCGAGUCGAGGUGGACAAGCUCACCAAGGAGAAGGAAGACGAGCUCCACCAAGUGCACUGCCGAGUCAAGUCGGCCAUCUUGAAGAAGGACGAGGCGGUGGGCGCUCUGCGGCGGCAGCAUGAGGCCGCCCUGAAGAGGGCAGAGCGUCUGGAGGCCUUGUGGGAGGAGCAAAGGAGGCAGCUGAUGGAGAAAUGAUGCCACUGCAAAGUACUUAUCAGACACGAGCCGAUGAUGAAAGACCACCAGUCCACCAUUGUCGCCGCCGUCCACCAAAAUUGAUGUCAAAGUGCAAGGCGAGAGCUUGCCCGUAUCGGUUUUCACGGCCAGCACUUUGACGUCAGUUUGGCUCGACACCCGAGAUGGCCGCCGUUAUCCCAGCACCGCGUUGAGGCGGGAAGGAAAGAAAAUUUGUGGAUGUAAAGUGACAGACAGGAAGGAGCAGCCACAACUGAGCUCUCCCGCAGUCUGGCCCCACCCCCUCCCAGGCAACAAUGCUUCAGAUCUUUUCCAGAUGUUUUUGUGGCCAGCCCGUGCAGGCAGGCCCAUGCAGGCCCACGCCCCGAGGAGAAGCUCAGUCAAUGUUUUCAAGAAGGAGAAGACGACGUGUCGGCAAGGACGGCGUGCGUGGCCGUCGAGGCGUGCCAGCGAGGACUGAGAAGAAUGUGUGGACGCGAAAGAAAAAAGUCGAAGGUGGCGGGGGCGCAAAACAAACGGCCAGGGCUGAUGUGUUUACGUUCAAUCACUAUUUAUUGGGGUGGGGUUGCCUGAGCUCGCCGCUCUCUCUUUGGGCCCAUUGACAUUUGUUGAGCCCCCUUUUUCAAUUAAAACUACAUCUUUCCUUUU